AUGGAUACACCUUCUUUAGUAUCAGUUUCUACUUCCAAAAAGGAAAAGCAAAGUUUAAAGCCCCUGUCACAAGAUGAACAAUCCUGCUUAGAAAAAAUUAUUAAAAAAAUUAUUGAGGAGGUGCUUAAUGAAAAGAACCUACCUGCCUCAAUGGAUUCAGAAAAUGAAGGGGUCCUAGACGAACUAGAUAAUUUACUUGGACUGAUGAGAUGGAUUGUACUUUCCUAA